CUUUACAUUCUACAGAACCGCUUCCAGAGGGACCUAGUAAUCGCUCAGCAGUCUGAAAAAUAAUUAAGAAUAGAUACUGAUUAAAACAUGAAGAUAGUUCAGAUUAUUUUGUUUACUGCUGCAGUGACCUUUGUUCACUCAAGAUCCAGAGGCAAAGACUAUGAAAAAGAGAAAAUAUGCCAACAGUACUCAAUGUUGGGAAGAGAGAAAUUCAAAGCCAGUGGGAUUGUUAUUUACAGCCAGAAAUUCUCAACCUCUACAUUUGAACAAGUGAAUGCUGUUCUUGAUGCAAUGGUAAACCUGGCGGACAAAUGUUGUGCAGAGGGUGCUGAUCCUAACUGCUAUGAUGAGGGGGCUACUGCUAUGUCUGAAGUCUCUUGCAUGGAGGAUUCCCCCUUUCCGAAACACCCAGGAAUCACAAAGUGUUGUGAAGAACAGAGCCUGGAGAGAAAACUGUGUUUGGCUAAUCUGCGUGUCCUUUCAGAAGAGUUUCCUUCCCUCGAGGAGCCAACAGAUGAUGAAGUUUGUAAGCAAUUCACAGCAGAUCCCAAAGGUUAUAUGGAGAGGUAUCUUUAUGAACUGGCAAGAAGGCAUGGAAGUGUCCCAGCUGGAUUAGUACUAAAUGCUACUGACAACUAUUCAAGAAUGGUUGCAUCCUGCUGCAGUUCAUCUCAAUCCAAAGUCUGUUUUCUUAAAGAGAGACUACAACAAAAGGAUUCCAAGUUAUUUUUACGAUUAGCUUCCCAUCUUUGCCACAGCCAAGUGCAUUUCAAAUCUCUCAGUACUGGAUUGGCGGUACGUUUUGGACAGAUGAUACCUAGUGCUUCAUUUGAAGAAGUCUUACCUGUAGCCGACUAUCUUCAACAAGGACUUGCAAAAUGCUGUUUCAAUCCAAACCCUGAAUGCCUUAUUAAAGAGUUUAUAGGAUUGAAGACAGUCUUGUGCACGAAUUCCACCUUACUUGCCAAGUAUGAUAAAUUAGAAAAAUGUUGUACUAAACCUUGUCUGGAUGUUUUACCCUGCGUUGAUUCAUUGGACGCCCAACCUCCUACUCAAUUAGCAGAAAUACAAGAGCCUGAUAAUGAAGAUCUCUGCAAAGAUGCUAGUUCUGUCACUAUUAAGAAACGCAAGACAGCAAAGCAGUGUUUGGAAUUACUGCACAUUUUUCCAAACAACGAUUCUGAUGCAGCAGAGACGGACAAUGACGAAUCUGGCUCUGAGGCAGACUGGGCUUGCGAAGAUGAAUCUUCCAGCAGCAGUGACAGUGAGGAGGAUGCCAGCGAAGUGCCAGGACAGAGUGCAUGAAGAGCGUGCAGGAGAUCCCGUGGGAGAAGAAGCAAUUCUGUGGCAGCCCCUGCAAGGAUGCCAGCCACUUCACCUGCAUCAGCCCCUGCACCUGAUCCAGCUGCUACUUCACCUGAGGCAGCCACUUCUCCAGCGGUAGCGCCAGCACCACCUGGCACUCAAGAGGCUGGUAAUGAUGGCACUGUCUGGAACACUAUAAAUCCUGGUGUUGAAGCUGCAGGUAGAAGGGGUGAACAUAAUAUUUUGAGGGACGUUCUAGGGCCCAUAGCAUAUGCAAAACGCAACACUGAUGAGAGUGUAUUGAGUGCUUUUCAUUAUGUAGGCAAUAUAAACCCAUUUAUUUAUUUAUUUUUAAUUUAGUCGUUGCCAAUUAUUUUUUUAUUAUUUUCUCCCAAUUUGGAAUGGCCAAUUAUUUUUAGGCUCAGCUCACCGCUACCACCCCUGCACUGACUCGGGAGGGUGAAGACAAACACACGCUGUCCUCCGAAGCGUGUGCCGUCAGCCUACCGCUUUUUUUCACACUGCGGACUCACCAUGCAGCCAACCAAGAGCCACAGUGUCGGAGGACAAUGCAGCUCUCGGGCAGCUUACAGGCAAGCCCGCAGGAGCCCGGCCAGACUACAGGGGUGGCUGGAGCGCGGUGAGCCGAGGACACCCUAGCCGACCUAAACCCUCCCCCCAGGCGACGCUCGGCCAAUUGUGUGCCACCCCCUGGGAACUCCCAUCCAUGGUUGGCUGUGGAAUAGCUUGGACUCGAACCAGCAACGUCCAGGCUAUAGGGCGCAUCCUGCAUUCCACGCGGAGCGCCUUUACUGGAUGUGCCACUCGGGAGCCCCCACACAUUUUUAACUCAUUUACAUUGUUUCAGUUGUACAGUUUUGUAUGUACAUGAUAUACUUGUAUAGACACAAAUUUAUUUUCCAAUAUUAGUUUAUUUUGUUUUUUAACCAUUUUUGAGAUUGCGCUCUAUGUAAUAUGUCUGUAUAUAAACACAUUUCUGUUCAAAUGUCCGUUUAUUUACAAUGUUUCGAUUGUGUAGAUGCUUUAUAUGACAUUCCUGAAUAAAACUACGACUUAUAUUAAAUUGU